UGUUUCCAGCUGUAAUAGCUUGUGCCUGAAGACAGCAGUGGCCAGUUAGGAGGGCAUGUGUCUCAGUUGAGAGGAUGACUGCAGGACAGAAUUACCGAUGGCCACUGCUGAAGCAGUGCAGGAAGCCAUUGUUGGAUUAGCAGGAAGAUGCCUGCUGGACUUGAGAGCAUCGGUAAAAAUGCAUGGGGAAAACAGGACUGGAGCAGCAGAUCUGGAGUCUGUCUUGUCCCAGGCUCCUGGGAUUCUGUCACUAUGGAGACCGAAAGUGAGCAGAACUCCAGCUCCACCAGCGGGAGCUCCAGUUCUGGAGGAAGCGCCCGUCCUCAGAUAUCGCAGAUGUCUCUCUAUGAGCGACAGGCAGUACAGGCCCUGCAGGCACUCCAAAGACAGCCCAAUGCAGCCCAGUACUUUCAUCAGUUUAUGCUCCAGCAGCAGCUUAACAGUGCCCAGCUUCACAGCCUGGCUGCUGUCCAGCAGGCUACAAUUGCAGCCAGUAGACAGGCCAGCUCCCCCAACACCAGCACCCCACAACAGACCACCACCACACAAGCCUCUAUCAAUCUAGCCACCACAUCAGCUGCUCAGCUAAUCAGUCGGUCACAGAGUGUGAGUUCCCCCAGCGCCACAACCCUGACACAAUCUGUGCUCCUUGGGAACACGACCUCACCACCCCUCAAUCAGUCACAGGCCCAGAUGUAUCUUCGGCCACAGCUGGGGAACCUGUUGCAGGUAAACCGAACCUUGGGCCGCAAUGUGCCUCUUGCUUCCCAACUCAUCUUGAUGCCCAACGGGGCUGUGGCCGCUGUGCAGCAGGAGGUACCACCCACACAAUCUCCUGGGGUCCAUGCAGACACAGACCAGGUGCAGAACCUGGCAGUGAGGAGCCAGCAGACCUCAGCUACCAAUGCCCAGCUCCAAGGCUCUGCUCAGAAGGCAGCUUUGCCAGGAAGCUCCCAGGCUUCAGGCUUACCACAGGCCACCAGCACGGGCCAGACCUUGGCAGUGGCUCAGGCCUCCUCUGGCAGCUCAGGCCAGUCCCUCAACUUGAGCCAGGGGGCAGCAGGCAGCAAUGGUGUCUCUGGGGGUGUGAUGGCCAGUGGUGGGAGCCAGACCUCAACGGGCCUGAGCCAGACCUCCUCAGCAGGCACUGCUGGCAGUUGCCAAAGGAAAGGCACAGGGGUGGUUCAACCGUUACCAGUGGCAGCUGCCCAGGCUGUGACUGUUAGCCAGGGAAGCCAGACAGAGGCAGAGAAUGCAGCCACAAAGAAGGGUGAAACAGACAGUGGUGGACAGCAAACAGUGGGCAUGAACCUGACCAGGACCGCUACACCAGCACCCAGCCAGACACUCAUCAGCUCGGCCACAUACACACAGAUACAGCCACACUCACUGAUCCAACAGCAGCAGCAGAUCCACCUGCAGAAGCAGGUGGUAAUCCAGCAGCAGAUCGCCAUUCAUCACCAGCAGCAGUUCCAGCACCGUCAGUCCCAGCUCCUCCACACAGCCACCCAUCUUCAGCUGGCCCAACAGCAACAACAACAACAAGCACCAUCUCUGGCCCAGCAGCAGCAGCAAGCUCAACCUCCACAGCAGCAGGCUCCACCUCAAAACCAGCAGCAGGCUCAGACCCUUGUGGUGCAACCUAUGUUGCAGUCCCAGCCACAGCCUGUGCAGCUCCAGCAGGACAGUCCUUGCCAGCCAGCCACCAAGUCACCUGUUCCAAUUCAGUCCAAAUCUCUGGUCACACCCAUCAAGCCACCUCAGCUUGGGCCUGCCAAAAUGUCAGCAGCGCAGCAACCUCCACCACACAUCCCAGUGCAGGUGGUGGGUACUCGGCAGCAAGGCUCAGGCCAAGCCCAAGCACUGGGUUUGGCUCAGAUUGCUGCAGCAGUGCCGACGUCCCGGGGAAUGCCAGCCGUGGUCCAGCCUGUUUCCCAAGCCCUUGCUGCUUCCCCUUCGUCAUCUUCAGCUCCAGCAUCUUCACAGGAAGCUUCCCCGCUCACCACAGGGGUGAAUUUGGCACAAGUUCAAGGCACAGCCCACAUGGUGAAGAGCCCAGCCUCCUCUCCAGUUGUGGCUCAGAUGCCAGCAGCAUUCUACAUGCAGUCUGUCCAGUUGCCAGGCAAAUCUCAGACCUUAGCAGUAAAGCGAAAGGCAGAGUCAGAAGAGGAGAAGGAGGAAUCACCCGGUGUCACUGCACUCCUGUCUGCCAGGUCCUCUCCUGUGACAGACAGCCCCAAAAACAUGGAGGAGAAGAGUGGCCUUGGAGAUAAAACCGAUUCUGCUGCCAUUGCAACCCCAAAUACCACUUCAAAUGAAGGAGCAUCAGCCACCCCCACCUCUGCUCCCACCCCAAACCUGGCAAUGGUGUCACGUCAGGUGGGAGACUCCAAACCCCCACAAGCCAUUGUGAAGCCCCAGAUUCUCACACACAUCAUUGAAGGCUUUGUCAUCCAAGAAGGAGCAGAGCCCUUUCCGGUGGGUUGUUCUCAGCUGCUGAAAGAAUCUGAGAAAACACUGCAGGGAGAUGCUCCUUCUGGCCAUAGUGAAAACCUGUCCAGCAAUUCUCCAGGAGGGGACAGUGCUUCUAUGGAGCUUGAUAAGAAGGCAAACUUGCUCAAGUGUGAAUACUGUGGGAAGUAUGCCCCAGCAACCCAGUUCCGUGGCUCCAAAAGGUUUUGUUCCAUGACUUGUGCUAAAAGGUACAAUGUCAGCUGCAGCCAUCAGUUUCGGCUGCAAAGGAAGAAGAUGAAGGAAUUCCAGGAAGCCAACUAUGCCCGUGUGCGCCGACGGGGCCCGCGGCGCAGCAGCUCUGACAUCACGCGAACAAAGAUCCAGGGCAAGCGCCACAGGGGCCAGGAAGAUUCAAGUCGAGGCUCUGAUAACUCCAGCUAUGAUGAAGCUUUGUCCCCUACAUCUCCAGGGCCACUGUCAGUAAGGGCCAGUCAUGGAGAGCGGGACCUGGCAAACUCUAGCAUGGCCCCACCUACCCCAGAUCUACAUGGCAUCAACCCGGUCUUCCUGUCCAGCAAUCCCAGUCGUUGGAGUGUGGAAGAAGUGUAUGAGUUCAUUGCAUCACUGCAAGGGUGCCAGGAGAUUGCUGAGGAAUUUCGGUCACAGGAAAUAGAUGGCCAGGCCCUGUUGCUUCUGAAGGAGGAGCACCUCAUGAGUGCCAUGAACAUCAAGCUGGGACCAGCUCUCAAGAUCUGUGCCAAGAUCAAUGUCCUCAAGGAGACCUAACAGCUCUGAAGCUGUAGGUCUCACUCUUGCUCUGACCCCAGGGCAGCUGCCAGCUUUGGAGCAUCCUGCUGGGGCAGGGAAGAAUGGGACAGCCCCCCGUGGUCUUGCAUUCAAGAAUGAGAAGGAAUUUAGCUGACUAACUGCUGUGGACAGUUAACAUGCCCAUAUCUUGGUCUUUUUAAUGGUGCUACAAUAGGGAGGAAAACUCCCUCCUGGGGCCUUGAAACAUCACUCGUUCUUCCUGUUUUUUAAUAUGCCUCUCCUGUAUAACACAUAACGACAUGAAGGGGACUUCCUUCUGUCUUAGCAGUCUUCUCAAAGGGAACCGUUCUCACCCCUUUUUGUUACAGCAGGUCUGCUAUAUUUUAGUUUUGAAUCUCACUGUGCCAGAACUUGAGGCAUAGGAAGAGCUGGCCCCACAUGGGCUUUGGGAGCAGCUGUGCUUGGGGCAUUUAGGAAGGAGAACUAGUAAAGUCCAAGUGACAGAGGUGGAUGAACAAGAAUUUGAAUAAAAGGGGCUGCUUCUCUUCCACUGUUAAAAAAAAUCUAGGCUGCUCAUGAACUGGGUUUAAUAGCCAUUCCAGCGUGCAUACCAAACUUGAAGGCCUGUGGCAAUAGGAGCUGCCAAAGCUUUACUGUCUCCUGUAGUGAUGCAGAAUGAAGACAAAGCGUUGUAGCAGCUAUUCACUCCAGAUGCUCCUCUCUGAACCAGAGGAGGAUUUAUCCUGAGUGUUUAUGAACAAGGUGACUGGAAAAUUGAAGGCAAGGGAGAUUGUCUUACAUUAGGCACUAGGUUCAUCUCCCCGUUGUGCUAGGGCAUAAUUUGCAGGUCCAAAGCAGUCUUCAGAAGCACCAAGGCUCUUCAUACAAUGGGCUGGGUUUUUUUUCUGGUUUUUUUUGUGUUCUUUUACCAGUUUGUAUUAUUUUUAUGUCUGUCUUCAUUAUCCUUGGGAGAGUUUCUGGGACAAAGUUUAAGCUGGCAGGAUUGUAUCACCUGCCUCAGGCUGUUUUGUUGUUGUUGCUGGUGUUAUAAAACAAAUACUUCUUUCUCAGUUAAAACCAACAACCAAUCCUCCAACAACUGAAUGCUAAUCCUUUAAUGCUGCUUCUGCCUUCUAAGGGGUAGAAUUAUGUUAUAGGCUCAGUCUCUCUCUUUUAGCCCCUCCAGGUUUGGGAUUUGUUUUUAGGGACCAAAUGUGGUAUUCUUUAGUUUUGUAACCAGGUUGCCAAAGGUGAGAAUCUGGGCAGAGUUCUCUUCCAAAAGCACCUCUUCUUCAAACAAAAUAGGCAAAAGCCCAAAAGAAAUUACACAGUGCAUGAAGAGGUAAGUGCCCCUUAGAGCUAAAUACCUGCAAGCAACAUGAUAAACCAUGUGUCUCAGCUUUUCUGCUUUCAGAAGUUUCAUGUGAAUAAUUGAAUGAAACAGACACUCUGUGUGGAAAGCACCCAUGGCUGCAGGAAAGCUGUAGUUACAUGGGAUGCCUAAUAGCACAGGUAGGAAAACACGAGGUGUUUGGAAUUGGCUCUCUAUUGACCCGUAUUACAAAGAGAGGAGGGAAAUGGCUUACAAGGUGGAUAAAAUGUGGCAGCAGCUUUCUAGUCUUAAGUGUACUAUUGAAUCUCGCUACAAUAAUGCCUUUGUUCCUGUGAAAGAAAACUUCCGAGGCUUCUUGAAUGAAAAUAGGCCCAAAAGAAGCUGCACCCUGCUAACACUAUUUGGUCUGAUAUAAUUUGGUGGUAGGGAAGAGGAAGGUUAGAAUCUCUUAACACCAACCAGCUGAGGAAGGCUGUCCUUGAAGUAUUUUAUCCUUAGCAGGCUGGGUAUGAUAAAAAUCCAGUUCAGUUUGACCCUUGGCAGGGCAGGCAGGCAGCUAACGUGCCUGCAGUACUACUGCUUCUGAGGACUGGAUUUUAUUUCAGUCAAAUGAAGUUUCAUUUCAUAUUCAAUGUUCUUAAUAAAAAAAACAAACUUGUUCAGGCUUUGCA